AUAUCGUCAUCACGCUUCACCCAAAGUAAAAAAAACAACUGCCUGUUUUUAAUUGAGUAUAUAUCUAGAUUUGAUUAUACCAAGUACUUGCACAGUUUCCUGUAUUUGUUUUCCUAUAAGUUGCCACCCCUGUUUAUUUUUCGUUUCAUCUUCCAGGUUGUAGUUGGUAAGAAUUUUAACGAAAUAGUAAACGAUCCAAUAAAGGACGUUUUAAUUGAGUUCUACGCUCCUUGGUGUGGACAUUGUAAAUCACUGGAACCCAAAUUUAACGAGUUAGGAGAGAAAUUUAAAAAUAUUAAAGAUGUAGUUAUUGCCAAGAUGAAUGCCACUGCAAAUGAUGUACCUCAACCCUUUGAAGUUUCAGGGUAUGUGUUUUUUUCUUACAUCUUUGUUCUCAAAUUGAUUCCCAUUGUGGUGAAAUUUUAUAAACUGCUUUUUUUUUGCAAUAUUUGUCUUCGCGAUAUAUCGAAUUUUGAGAAUAUGUAUGUAAAUGCCUUUUGUUAAAUCAAGUAGUAAAAUCGUAGGACUUCGGUUACGAAUCUUUACCAAAAAUUUCAAAUUUCAUAACAUUCACGUACACACUUUUUUUAGAUUUCCUACACUUUAAACCUCAAAUCAAAUGUCUACAAAAUCUAUUACUGUUUUUAAAAACAUUACUAUUUUGUUUUAGAAACUUCCAAAAAAUUUUGUUGAACAUAAAUUUCCGGUUGAGCGAGAUGUAAUGCAUUUCGGGGAAUUUAGUUCGCCAUUUAAAUCUCAAUUCCACGAAGUGCUUAGGGUAGAAAUUACUAACAUGACCAUUAUUAUUAUCAUGACUAGCCUCGUCAACGAAGGAGGUCUUGUUGCAUUUACAGCUUCCCUUUAAGUCGAGCAAAAUAUCAAUUCUAUUUUGAUGUCGAAAAAAAGGGACGGUUCGCUGGUACUUAGUCUUAGGUAAGGCUUGGCCGGGAUCAAACCAUCGCAGUUUCGACCUGAAAGCGAACGCUUUAUCACAAAGGCUAACCGUUUGUGUUGAAUACAGACUUGGAGUAUAAAAACACCGGAAUUACAUUAUGCCUGUUUGUACGUGUGAGAAACAUAUACGCGGAAGUUUUAAUCAUGCGCAAUGAGAUCGUGAUGAACACAAAAUAACUGAUGCAUUGGGCAAGUGCUACAUACCUUAAUUUGUUUGAUUUUAAUUAAAAAAAAGCACUUCCUUUCACCGCAAAAAAUACAUUGGGGUUACACAAUCACACCAGCUCAAACGCAGCGUUAUCUUUUCGAUAUCAACCCUCAGAAUCGCCACAGCAUGCUCCUCACAACACGCAUAGCUAUUAUUGUUUGUUUGCUUUGUAUAAAAAUGGUAGCCUGCAGUGAUGUCAUCAGUUUAACUGCUGAUUCAUUUGAAGAUAGCGUAAAGAAACAUGAUGUUGCGUUGGUACUUUUUUACGGGACAUGGUGAGUUCAAUCCUUUCCUAAUUAAUGCAUUAGCCACGAGAGAGGCUAGAUCCCUUAACAAUUUAUAUAUUCAUUAUUUUAUUUCGUAAGGUUAUGGCGCUUUAACUGUGGGACUUUUUUCAAGUUUAGUUUUAGUUUCAAAACUGAAAACACUCCAAUUUUUGAAUAAAACAUUAUUCGUUUUAAAAAAUACAGUCCUUAAUUUCAGGUGUCCACAUUGUCAUACGUUCAUGCCGACAUAUAAAGAAAUUGCAUCGAAACUAAAAAAAGAUGGAAUUGAAACAGCCAGGGUAUGAUUUAUUUAUUUAUUUAAAUAUAGGUACAAUUGACUUUUGAGAACGCGAACUGCCAUAGGACCAAAAAAAUGGUUAGAGCUAUCAAAACAAAAUAGGCGUCAUACAAAGUUAUUUGACUUAUCGAGACAUUUAAGUUUUUGAGAAAAGUUUAAAGUAGAGUAUAGGGGCCAAGGGACUGUCUGAAGUAGGGCAUAGGGGUCAAGGAACCAAUGGACUAAGAAAAAGUUCAAGUUGCAGAGAAUUUUUAAGUAAUCGAGUUUUAAGAGUCAACUGUAAUUGUCGUUGUUGUUGGAUAACGCCAUGUCACUGUCAAUUUGUCUUUCAGCUAAAUUGUGAAAAUUAUCAUGACAAGUGUGUACAUUAUGAUGUUAGCAGUUACCCAACUUUAAAGAUCUUUCAAAAAGGUGAAUUUUUUGCUGAUUACGAAGGUAACAUGGAGUCGGAGGAUAUAAUUGAAUUCAUGAGAAAAACUUCUGAAGAGAUGUAGUGAUGAAGAAAUUUAGCUAUUAAAUUUUAAUAUAUUCUAUUUUUUAUGUAUUGAUAUUUUUUAACGUGAAAUUGAAAAAGAGACACUUAUUUUACUCGACAAGUAUUUUUGAGAAAGCAAAUUACUCUUUUUCUUUUUUUUUGCAAUAUUAGUUUUACAUCUUUCUAUAAGAGCCAGUGUAAAAGAACUAUGAAUGAUCAUAUAAUGUAAACUCUUCCCUUUCUUCCAUAAUAAAAGCAUAUGCAUGGCUGACAUAUCAAAAAAGUCAUAGUCUAUAGAAAGUUUUUCUUCUAUGGACUAUGAAAAGUGUACGCUUAUAAACGUCAAUCUAACGUUAAGGAAGGAGGAGGGGAUAAAUCUUGUGACAUUUAAGUAUUACAUACUCUGAAAAAAAAGUAUUUUGAACUGAUAUAUCUCGUCA